AUUUCUUUUUUUUUUUACAAGAGCUAAAGAAAAUCCAACUCAAACCAAGAUGAAGUAUUAUCAGUGCCCCGUGUCCCAGGACAUUAGAAUCAAUGCUUACAACAAAGACUGUGGACUGCCAGUCGGCUGCAAGAGCUCAGCUUCUCUGAAGCCGAUGCGCACUGUGCACUUCCCCAAUGACAUCGUGUUCCAGGACUAUGUGCGACACGGUGAGCUCGAAAGGAUUGGACGUUUCAUCAGAGCCAGAAGAGUCAACCUGGAGACCAUCUACCAAUCUGGCAUGGCCGCCAUCCAUGAAGCUGUCCUGUCAGGGAACCUGGAGUGCGUGAAGCUGUUGGUCGAAAACGGAGCAGAUAUCCAUCAGAGAGACGAGGAGCAGUGGACCCCACUGCACAUGGCCUGCAGCGAUGGCUUCCCAGACAUUGCACGCUACCUCCUCUCGCUGGGUGCCGACCCUGAGCUGGAGAACGAGUGUGGGGAGAAGCCGGCUGACCUCAUCGAGCCAGACAACACGGAGCUGCUGGAGCUCUUCGGGCUGGCUGUCAAUGACUGAGGACCUGUCAUGUUGAGAACCAAGCACUUGUCUUUAUCCUACUGCCCAGUCACCAGACUGUUCUGCAGGGAUGGACAGAGGAAAGUCAAUCCAGCAUCCUGAUUUUGUGAGCUGCUUCAGCUCUCCGGAGGUCAAGGACUGUGGAUGUGAGGUGGAAGGCGGAAGGCGGAGGGGCUCUCAGAGCCCGUAGGCUGCCUCCCGAACGGAGUGGACUCUGGUAGAGGCUGAUCUCUGAUCUCCUUCAGCACAGAUUUACAUUGUCCUGUCAGAGUUUCAGAUCUUUUAUCCCGUAGUGUAAUGAAUGAGUAAUAUUAUCAGAAGUAGUUGGUUGUUUUUGGCAUGUUGCUGGGAUAAGGAGGGCUUCUGAAUGUUUUGAAACCAGAAACUGUUGUUGAUGCUCAGCUCAUUAGCGCCUCGCUUGAAGAUAAAAUUAGCAAAACCAGAAAAACCAUUACUGCCUUUAAAGCGAAUGUGCUUGUGGUCAGUUAGAAGUUAAACCCCCAACGUUUUUUUCUGAUCCCUUGUAAGCUUAGUUAACUGUGUAAGUUGAGAUGAGUUUUUCUUUUUAUACUUUCUGAAAUAAACUUUAUCAAACAUUUUUUUUAUUUGUCUGCCAGUUUUUUUCUGUCAAAUCGGAUCUCAGAACUGUUAGACUACAUGAAUUCAACCUCCAUGUAUGAUU